CUGAUUACAGCGCUGCGUGUCCCUCCCCACCGGCUGCAGCGCCCCGCAAGGGAGCGGCCCGGGAGGGCAGGGGAGGGAAGACAGGUCCCUCCACUGGCCACCUGGCUGGUCUGCAGCGGAACUUCCUGAAGGGGCGACUCCGCCUCCCCAGCGAUGCAGGGUCACGGGUGCUACAUGGGGACGCCCUCAGGCAGCUCGGGCUCCCGGGGGUGGGGCAGGGGAGCUGCGCGAAGAGCCGCUUUCAGUUUCGUUUCUCUGCGGAAGACUCACAACAAUAAAUAGGCAAAGAGGCUGCAGGGAGCGCCGGGGCGGAGCCGUGCCAAGGCCUCCCGGCGGAGCUGCACCAGGGGGUCGCGGGGUGAGGGGCUCGGGGCUGCCCGGGAUGGCCCGCCCCGCGCUGCCCAGCCAGGCGCUGCAGGCGCUGUGCUCCGCCGGCGGCUCCCUGGAGCAGGGCGAGCUGUCGCGGCGGCUGCCGGCCUCGGGUCCCAGCCUGGACAGCCUGUUGCUGACCGAGCCGGAGCGGUUCACGCUGGUGACCCGGCCGGGGCCCUGCUCGCCCGGCGGCCCGCCCCAGGAGCAGCGGGUGGUGGUGGCCACUAGCGCCGUGCGGCUGUGCCAGGAGCACGGCGCGCCGGGAGCCGGCUGCGGGGGCCAGUGCGGCCAGCUCCACAUCUGCCGGUACUUCUUGUACGGCAACUGCCGCUACCAGCGCACCAGGAAAGAAUGCAAGUUUGUUCAUAACUUUCAGUCAGAGCAUAACCUCCGUGUCCUAAAAAGACAUGGUCUUGAAAACUUAAAUGAUGAUGAGUUGCGUCAGCUCCUGCUUCAGAAUGAUUCUUCGCUCUUACCUGAAGUAUGCAUGCAUUAUAACAAAGGCGAUGGACUCUAUGGGUCUUGUACCUUCAAGAAGAUCUGCACCAAACUCCAUAUGUGCCAGUACUACUUGCAGGGCGAGUGCAGAUUUGGCAGUAGUUGCAAGCGAUCACAUGACAUUUUUAAUCUGGAGUGUUAUGAAAAACUGGAGAGGCGGGGAAUGAGCCCAAACCUGAUUGCCAAACUGCCCUCUAUCUUCAGGAACAUGUAUGACAUCAAAAAUGGCACCUCUUCACCAUGCAAAGCGAGAAGAGACAGUCUUAGUCAGGUGUCCCUGAAUACAAAUAGUAAUGAAGAAUUAGAUGAGAUCUGCUUGUACUACAUACGGAAAAGUUGUAGCUUUCAAGAUAAGUGUAUCAGAGUUCAUUUUAAUUUGCCAUAUAGAUGGCAGAUCUUGGAAGGUGCCCUGUGGAAGGACUUGAAGGAUAUGGAGAAAAUUGAAAAGGCAUAUUGUGACCCCAGUAAUACCAGAUUUUCAUACAGUGGCUUGCAGUAUAUAUCUUUUCGGAACAUGACCUAUGGCUCUGCCAAAGUUAGGCGCCUCUCCACAGCAUCGUCUGUGACCAAACCCCCUCACUUCAUUCUUACAACAGAUUGGCUUUGGUACUGGAAGGACGAAUAUGGUGUGUGGCGUGAAUAUGGAACAGAAGAUGAUAAACAUGAUGCUUCCACUGUAUGUAGCAGUGACCUGGAGCACGCUUAUCUAGCAAAAGUGUCUCCAACGUUGCAGUUCAAAGCUGGGAGACAUGAAUAUGAACUCAACUUUAAAGCCAUGAAUCAGAGAAACCUUCGCUAUAAGACACAGAGAGAGGUUUGCAGGAGACCCAAAUUCCUCUCCCCGCAAGACGUGGAAAAACGGAGAAUCAGUGGUGUUGAGCAUUCACAGGAAGAAUCCAUUCCAGCUCACUGGGACAAAUCAGCUUUACCAGAAUUGGGAUACAAGCUGAUCAAACUUCCCAGCUCUUCUGACGAAUACAAGAAGGUCCAGGCUGACUUUCAGCGCACAAUGCCCAAAACAGUCAUUCAAGAGAUUCAGAGAAUCCAGAACCCGACUCUUUGGAAAGUGUAUCAGUGGCAGAAAGAGCAAAUGCAGAAGACUAGUGGAGGAAAGGAUGUGUGUGAAAGACACUUAUUUCAUGGGACCAGUAAAAAGCAUAUCGAUGCCAUCUGCCAGCAGAACUUUGACUGGAGAAUCUGUGGUCUUCAUGGGACAGCUUAUGGCAAAGGAAGCUACUUUGCAAGGGAUGCAUCGUAUUCUGAUAACUAUAGCAAGACCGACUCAAACAUCAAGACCAUGUUUCUGGCUCGGGUCUUGGCGGGGGACUUUACCCUUGGUAGCUCUUCCUAUCUUCGUCCUCCCGCCAAGGACAGCGGAAACAAUUUCUAUGACAGCUGCGUGAACAGCCUUUCGAAUCCAUCUAUCUUUGUCAUCUUUGAGAAACAUCAGAUUUAUCCUGAAUAUCUGAUUGAAUACAUGGACCAGGCGGUGGCAACUGCUCUGUCAAUGGCUGCACGUGCUUAUUUUCGGAAUUGACUGAACUGAGGAGAGUUAUUUGUUCAAUAAAAAUGUGCCCAGUAUGUUUUAGAUACAUUUAGACUCUCCACCCUCUCCUUGUAACAGUAAGCAGGGGUGACUAUCUUAAGAAAUUUUAGAAAAGCCAUAGUAUUUUUAUGAAUUUUUAAAAUCCAGUCUUUAUUCCUAAAUUUCUCUAGUGGGGCUAACUUGUUUUUCCCACUGUUAGUCUGUUCUGGGGGAUUUAAGAAAUCCAGUAGAUGUUCAUAUGAUUCUUGCAAUGUGAGAUGAAGUAAUAGAAAAGCAGGUGGUUGUGAUGUCAUAUGAAAUUCUUCUUAAAAAAAAAAAAACGGUAUUAUGUUUUCAUUAGUUCUCCCCUAGUGAAGUUA